AUAAUCUUAUUUGGAAAUUCAAUGUUGUUUCCUUUUUUAAAAGAUAUCAAAUAUCAAAUAAUCAAAUACUAUUGGUUGGUGAACCUCUAGGUUCACCCUAGGGGGUGAACCCAAGAAUUACUCAUAUUAUAUUAUGGAAUAAAUACAACAAUAUAAUAUUUCUGCGUCCAUACACACAUUUAUCUAUAUAUAUCCUCUAUAUAUAUAGACCUAACCUUACCAUAUUUGUGUUGAGAACUUAUUAGAUCUAAUCACUCCCAAAAUAGUAAACCAAGAACACCAAAAAACUGAACAUGUUUCCUUUCUCGAAGCAUCGGUCAAGGUCGGUCCACGGCGAUGAUGUGUUGUCCUCCACGCAACCAAUAGUGGCCGUCACCUCCAUCGUAGAAACCGGAGGCGCGUGUACGACACUCACAGUAUGGAGAAAAUCGCUCCUGGUUAGUUGUGAAGGUUUCACGGUGAUAGACUCUAAUGGAGAUUUGAUCUACCGGGUUGAUAACUAUGCCCGAACCCGACCCGAAGAACUUAUCCUCAUGGACAAAGAUGGUAACUCCGUCCUCCUCAUGCACCGUACCAAGAAAAUUACGCUAGCAGGUAGUUGGGGAAUAUAUGAAGCAAAGGAUACUAAUGGCGAAGCAAAAGUACCAAAGAGCCCAAUCUGGUACAUGAGGAAGAACUUGAAGAUGAAUAUUUUGAGCACCAAUUCCAACAUUUUGGCGUACGUAUAUUCAGCGCCGUACGAUAAGAAGAACUCUUACGUCAUCAAAGGAUCGUACAGAUGUAAAUCGUGUAAGAUAAUGCACGUCCCAUCAAACCGGACAGUGGUGGAGAUCAAAAGAAAAGAGGCCAGAACUAAAGGAGUCCGGUUUGGUUCAGAUGUUUUUGAUCUGGUUGUUAGUCCAGAUUUUGACACCGGUUUAGCGAUGGCUUUGGUUUUGUUAUUAGACCAAAUGUUCUCUAAAUAAAAGUCUCUUUAAUUUUUUUCCUUCUCAUUUGUACAUCAGUACUAUUUCAAAUAAACAUGUUUACAAAAAUACAUAUAUAAUAAAAAUUAACUACAAGGCUUAUUUAACUUUUAACAUUAAAAACCAUUUUAUUACAAUAUUACUCAAAAUAUAGUUGUUUGAAAAAAACAAUUACUCAAAUAUAGUUACGUAAUUAGACCAUUUCCAUCAACAUUUCAUAUUUUACUACAAAAUAGAAUGGAAAAUUAAGUAAUGAAUAAAAAAAAUAAAAGUAUUAGUCUAUAAAUGAAGUAAUCUUUUAUCUUUUUAUUCAUUACUCCGUUUCACACUCUAUUUUGGAGUAAAAUAUAGAGUGGAGAUAAAUAUGUCAUACAAGAGAUAGUUAUAUUGAAUGAACUUUAAUUAGUUACCCCAAAAAAUUUUUUAAUUAAAAUAUUCCAAAUAACAUUGUUAUAUUUGUCUUUGUUCAGGUGGCUUAUGAAAAUACAAAAUGAGAAUAUCUUUUGAGAAAUAACAAUACUUUUUUUUUUUUGGAACUGAUUCUUCGUAUUAAAAGCAUGAGUAAAAAAAAAAGAAAACAAGCAUAAAGCUUAAGUUGUUUGUGGCCCAACCCAAUUACAUA